AUGUUAACUGACCCCACAUCAGAAUUAAACAGCCCGGGGUCUCUACCUAACAAUGCCCAGGAAACCACUAUCCAGAACAAAACAGGAAGGAGGAAGAAGAGCAUGCUGAAACAGUCAUGGAUGGAGAUCACCAUAGCCUUCAUGAGGAGGACCAAGGUCCAAGGGCUGAAGUUUGUCUUCUCCCCAGACAAGACCUUACCCCAGCGGGUCCUCUGGCUCCUGGCCUUCUUUGUGUGCAUGGGUCUCCUGUUCACCUGGUCCUGGAACCGCAUCCUCUACCUGAUGUCCUACCCGGCCGUCACCAAGAUCAAGAUGGUGUGGGCUCACAACAUGUCCUUCCCGGCCGUGACCUUCUGCAACCACAACCUGUUCCGGGUGUCCAGUCUGACCAAGGCUGACCUGUACCACAGCGGCUACUGGAUGGACCUGAUGCACCAGAACCACACGGUCAUGGAGAGGAGCCUGGCUCUUUUGAGGGACAACCACAAGUACAGCCUCCUCAACCUGCUGGACUUCAAUGGCUACACCCCGUCUCCACAUUACCAUGUCAACACAACUGAGAUGAUUGGCAGGCUGGGCCACCAACUGGAGGACAUGUUGCUGGAAUGCAGAUUCCGGGGGGGGAACUGCACCCACCAGAACUUCACCACUAUUUACACGCGGUACGGAAAAUGCUACACGUUCAACUCUGGUUUGGAUGGCAACCCGAUGUUGACAACGUUAAAAGGCGGGACAGGAAAUGGGCUGGAGAUCAUGUUAGAUAUCCAACAAGAUGAAUACUUACCUGUUUGGGGAGAGACAGAUGAGACCUCGUACGAAGCAGGCAUCAAGGUUCAGAUUCACAGCCAGGACGAACCUCCCUUCAUUGACCAGCUGGGAUUUGGUGUGGCCCCUGGUUUUCAAACUUUUGUGUCAUGUCAGCAGCAACUGCUUCAGUACCUCCCUCCCCCUUGGGGAGACUGCAAGUCCACUCCCAUCGACUCUGAGUUCUUCUCCACGUACAGCAUCACAGCCUGCCGUAUCGACUGUGAGACACGCUACCUGGUGGAGAACUGUAACUGCAGGAUGGUCCACAUGCCUGGGACCGCAACGGUAUGCACACCCGAGCAGUACAAAGACUGUGCAGACCCAGCUUUAGACUUCUUGGUAGAGAAAGACAACGACUACUGUGUGUGUGAGACACCCUGCAGCAUGACACGAUAUGGCAAGGAGCUGUCCAUGGUGAAAAUACCCAGUAAAGCCUCUGCCAAAUAUCUGGCCAAGAAAUUCAACAAAACUGAACAGUACAUUGGAGAAAACUUACUAGUCCUGGACAUCUUCUUUGAGGCCUUGAAUUAUGAGAAGAUUGAACAGAAGAAGGCAUAUGAAAUUGCGGGGUUGCUUGGUGACAUUGGUGGGCAGAUGGGUCUGUUCAUUGGAGCCAGUGUUUUAACGAUACUGGAAAUAUUUGACUACUUAUAUGAGGUAUUUAAGGAUAAAGUUUUGGGUUACUUCAUGCGCAAGAAACGACCGCAGCGUUGUCCAAGCGACAAUCUGAGCACCUGUGACACCCUCCGGAGUCACUCGGACAGUCUCGGAUUCACGCCGAACAUGUUACCUCGUCACCCGACUCUAGGCAACUUUGAGGAGUUUGCUUGUUGA